AUGGAAAAUGAUAUUGCAAUUGGAAUUGAUUUGGGCACAACCUAUUCGUGUGUCGCGGCGAUUGUGGACUCGGAGGCUGUGGUGAUUGGAAAUGAUGUUGAUGAGAGAACAACUCGCAGUGUGGUGCACUUUUCCACCCAUGGCACUAUCGUCGGAGCUUUCGCAGACGCCCAAUAUUUGCUUGACACCGGAACCACCAUAUAUAAUUCAAAACGCCUUUUGGGUCGAAGGUUCUGUGAAGUUAAUAACGCACUAAAAUGGGGAUUCGCGAUAGUGGAUUGCGACGGUGAGGUCGGGAUUGAAACAACCGUGAACCCACGUAUGUCCCCGGUACAAGUGGCGGAAGAACUACUGAAGUAUUUGAGGCAAUGUGCUCAGAAUUAUUUACAACAAGACGUUACACGUGCAGUAAUAACUGUUCCAGCGCGAUUUAACCAUGUUCAACGACAAGCCACGAUGGAUGCGGCAAAAAAUGCCGGUUUUAAAGAAGUAAUGCUCCUCAACGAACCAACUGCUGUGGCGCUGGCGUUUCAAUAUGACGUAACAGAUGACAAUGGUCAAAACUAUGUGGUUGUUUAUGAUUUCGGAGGCGGUACUUUUGAUGUGUCGGUCCUUCAAAUAACUGGUCAAACAUUCAGGGCUCUCGCUACUCACGGUGAUGCGCAACUCGGUGGAACUGAUAUUGAUGAGCUUCUCGUCAACUACUGUGUGGACACGUGGAAGGAAUCCUAUCCAGAUCUGCAGCUGAAAAAGGAUGAAUUCCAGAAUUUACUUCAUUUAUGCGAAUUAGCCAAAAAGGAACUGACAUAUAUCGAUUGUAAGUGUAUAGAGCUCCAAGUGGAUAAUUUAACUGAACCACUCGUAAUCACUUUGGAUCAGUUUCAACUGUUACGCAUCGUAGAACCCUUAAUUCAAAGAACUGUCGCAUUAACGAACGAUGCUGUUCGUGAGGCUGGCUUGUCCAAUUCCCAAAUUGAUCACGUGAUUGUUGUUGGAGGUUCAUCUCGCAUUCCACGUGUGAGAAAUUUAUUGUCCGAACAUUUUGACGCGAAUCGGCUUACUUGUGAAUGGUAUGAAGACGAAGCCGUCGCAAUCGGUGCUGCUCGUCUAGCCCAUCAUUGGAACCAAAGAAAUGAUAUUAUUGAUUUUGUGAUUCAAGAGUAUGUAACCUCCUCUUUAGGCUUAUGUUACAAGAAUGAAAAAAUGUAUGUCAUGAUUCCUAAAGGUUCGCAACUGCCACAGGAGAAAGUGCUAAAAAUAACCACGGUGAAGGAUAACCAAACAAAAGUGGUAUUUUGGGUGUUUGAAGGUGACACGACCGAGUUAAGGAAGAACACGUGUUUGGGUCACUUAGUGAUGACAAAUCUCAAGCCGGCUCCAGCGGGAGCAUUGAAAUUAGUUAUCCGUUUUGUCCUCAAUCCCAAUUCUAUGCUGAUUGUUUCGGCCUACGAUGAGCAGACUGGGGAAAAACAAGAAGCUGCUUUUCGAUGCCGGUCUGAAUUUCCCUCGAGAAGAGAAGACAACAUGGUUGAUGUUACAGGCAAUGACGACACAUUUGAGGUUAGUUAA